UUCACGGGGUCGCCGAGUGCGGUCACCCCUGCAGUGUCCCUUUCUCUGCCCUCCCACCCUUCCCCUUUCUCCGUACAGGUCCAGCAUGCCAGCAAGCAGAUCACGGCGGAGAAGCAGUACAAGGGCAUCAUCGACUGCAUAGUCCGCAUCCCCAAGGAGCAAGGCAUCGCCUCCUUCUGGAGAGGCAACCUAGCCAACGUGAUCCGGUACUUCCCCACCCAGGCCCUCAACUUCGCCUUCAAGGACAAGUACAAGCAGAUCUUCCUGGGGGGAGUGGACAGGCACAAGCAAUUCUGGCGCUACUUCGCAGGGAACCUGGCAUCUGGGGGUGCUGCUGGAGCUACUUCUCUCUGCUUUGUCUACCCGCUGGAUUUUGCCAGGACCCGGCUGGCAGCUGAUGUGGGCAAAGGAGCCAGCGAGAGGGAGUUCACUGGGCUGGGCGACUGCAUUGUCAAGAUCUUCAGGUCUGAUGGCUUGAAGGGCCUGUACCAAGGAUUCAGUGUGUCUGUCCAGGGCAUCAUCAUCUACAGAGCAGCCUAUUUUGGGGUUUACGACACAGCCAAGGGUAUGUUGCCUGAUCCAAAGAAUGUGCAUAUCGUAGUGAGCUGGAUGAUUGCCCAGAGUGUCACUGCAGUAGCAGGGCUGGUUUCUUACCCUUUUGAUACUGUGCGACGUAGGAUGAUGAUGCAGUCUGGCCGAAAGGGAGCUGAUAUUAUGUACAAGGGCACAAUUGAUUGCUGGAGGAAGAUAGCUAAAGAUGAAGGAACCAAAGCGUUCUUCAAAGGUGCCUGGUCGAAUGUGUUGAGAGGCAUGGGUGGAGCUUUUGUAUUAGUACUUUAUGAUGAAAUCAAGAAAUAUGUCUAAAACAUCAUAAUAUAGUUCAAUUGUUCUCAAUCAACUUUUUUUAAAAACAUGCUAUCGUGAUGUAAUGGACAACAAAAUAUUUCCUAGGGAAA